CAGCAAAGAAGAAGAAGAAGAAGACGACGAAGAAGACUACGAAGAAGGGACUAGCGGCAUCUGUGGACUGACAAACGCAAUAUAAUUCACAACAUAGACGUGUAUAAAGGCUGUCUGUUAGUGAAAAGCAUUGGAUCUCAUAUUUUAAUAUGUAAGGUCCUUAUAUAUAUAUAGUUGAACAGUUUUUAAUAGAGGGACACUUAACCAAAUGCUAAUAUUAGCCUCGCGUGGGGAAACGUGAGUGUUUUCAGUGUAAUUGAUCCCAACGUGCGGCGGUUUCCACGACGAUGAGGUGUCAUUACGAAGUGUUGGGAGUGAAAAGGGACGCGGGAGAUGAUGAUCUGAAGAAAUCCUAUCGGAAAUUAGCCUUGAAAUGGCACCCAGAUAAAAACUUGGAGAACGCCGAGGAGGCCGCGGAGCAGUUCAAGCUAAUUCAAGCAGCUUAUGAUGUCCUCGGUGAUCCACAAGAGAGAGCCUGGUACGACAAUCACAGAGAAGCUCUUCUGAAAGGAGGCCUUAGCAGCGAUUAUGAAGACGACAGCAUUGACCUGCUGCAGUACUUCACAGUGACCUGCUACUCCGGAUACGGAGAUGAUGAGAAGGGCUUUUACACGGUGUACAGGAAUCUUUUUGAGUCCAUUGUUAAGGAGGAGAUGGAGCACAGCAGGAUGGACGACGAGGAAGAGGAAGAAGGGUUUCCUCCCUUUGGAGAUUCUCAGAGCGAUUAUGAUACAGUAGUUCAUGUAUUUUACGCCUACUGGCAGAGCUUCUGCACUCGCAAGAACUUUGCUUGGAAGGAGGAAUUUGAUACGAGGCAGGCCUCCAACCGCUGGGAGAAAAGGGCCAUGGAGAAGGAGAACAAGAAGACCAGGGAAAAGGCUCGGAAGGAGCGCAAUGACCUUGUGCGACAGCUAGUGGCCUUCGUCCGUAAGAGGGACCGCCGCGUCCAGGCCCACAGGAAGUUGGUGGAGGAGCAGAACGCUGAGAAGAUCAAGAAGAUGGAGGAGCUUAGGCGGCAGCAGAAGCUCAAACAGGCCAAGCUGGCAGAGGAGUACAAGGAGCAGAGCUGGGCCGCCAUGUCUGAGUUGGAGAAGGAGCUGCAGCAGAUUGAAGCUCAGUACGGAGAGGAGUUUGGAGAUGCAUCUGAGAGUGAGGAAGAGGAUGUGGAUGUUGGCACUUUUCAGAAAAACAGUGAAAGAGAUGGAGGUAAAGAAACUACAGAUGCUGAGCAGCCGAAUGAAGAUGACCACGCCAUUGACUGUUAUGAUGAUCUCUACUGCCCAGCUUGCGACAAGUCUUUCAAAUCAGAUAAAGCCAUGAAAAACCAUGAAAAGUCCAAAAAGCACCGAGAGAUGGUGGUGUUGCUACGGCAACAGUUGGAGGAAGAGGACGAUUCAUUCUGCUUGAACGGAAAGGAGGAUGGAGAGGAUGAAAAUGACCUGCAGGAUGAGGAGGAGGAAGAGGAACAGCCAAGGCAAAAGCUGUCAAAAAAGCAAAAGAGGAAAAAGAAACAACAGAAAGUACAGCAAACUACUCUGGAGGGAAAGGAGGAGGAGAUACCCCCCACACAAGCCACCUGUGAGGAAGAAGCCCCUGAGAAGUCAGAAAAUCCUACAGAGCCUGAGCAGCAGGAUGACCUUCCUUCUGCAGAAGUCAAAAGCAGCUCCGAGAGGACGAAAGGAAAAAAGGGGGGAGGAAAAGACAAACCAAAGAACGCCAAAUCACACACCGAGCAGCUUCCUGAGAAGGAAGUAAACCUCCGCUGUGUUACCUGCGACGACGAGUUCCCCACAAGAAACAAGUUGUUUGACCACCUGAAGACCAGCGGCCAUGCUACUGCACUCUCUGCAAGCGCUACUCACAGCUCCAUGAGCAAGAACAGGAAAGAGAAGAGGAAGAACAGAUAACACACUCUCACCAGGGCUGAUUAGACUUUGUCCCGACACAAACUGGUGAAGCAUUGCUUCACACAUUUAUUCCCUAUGUUGGAUCUGUGCUGCUUCAACUGUGACCAGAAAUCAAGGAGAAAUCGGUAUUUUCACAAUCUAUGUGAAUUAAGUCAAAAAAGCCCCCUAAACCUCUGUCUACAAGUUCAAUAAGCGAGAGUGAAAUAAGAUGUAGUUUUAAAAUAAAACCUUUAAACAUA